UAUAAAUAACACAAGAUGCAUGUAGCUGCAGACAAGCAGAGACGAGCUCGAUCGUCCAGCUAGCAUCGGCGACACUCAACAGCCGCGUCGAUCGAUCGGAGCUGCACGGGACGCAAGCUAGCUAGCGCGAGCCGGUGGUUGCGUUGUACACUGACAUCAGCGAUCCAUGCAUCUGCUCCACGGGUCUUCUAUAAUGAUCGGUGGCAGCUGCGGCGGUAGAGCUCUCCGGCGAGUCGACAGCUCCCCGAAGCCGUCGCUGUGCCGGAGCGACGCCAUGAAGAAGAAGAGGAGCAAGAGGUCCAGACUCUCCGCCGCGCUGCGGGAGCUCAGGCUGGCGGCCAAGGCGAGGGACAAGGAAGGGCUCCUUCAGAUCCUCGUCACCGGACACCGCACUAGCCGCGGAGGAUCCGGCAACAACGAGCGCACCGGCGGAGCAUCGACGAAGCGCAGUGUGGCUGGCAUGGGCGACGACCAGCGCGCGACACUGCGGUGGCAGGGAGGCGGCGUCGAUGCAGCCGGGCGUGCCGAUGGUCCUCUUCUUGAGUUGGGGAGACCAAUAGCAACCGGGGAAGCCGCCGGCGGCGGCCGUCGUUGGCCGAGCUGGGCGCUCGCAGUGGCGCUUGUGCUCGUCCUGGCGUGCGUAGUAGCGCUUGGGACGUCGCCGGCCAUCUGUUGCUGCACCUGCGCGGCCUGGUUGUGCGGCGGCUGCGGCGCGCAUGAGCAUGCAUCUGACCGGCGGCGGGGCGGCUCCUGCCGUGGCAGCGUUAGAGUAGUCCGACCACAAGCCGGUAGUACACUGUAUCAUGGAGAGGUCGCCAGUGGGUGAACUGUAUGAAUUUUUGUCGAAUGGAUGAGUUUUGCACAUCAUUU